GUGCGGCGCCGUACGGCAGCAUGGCAGCGCCCGGAGCGGCGGCGGCGUUGGUACAGUACGUGGUGCUGCGGGGGGACCUGGCCCGGUCGUGGCCGCUGGGAGCGACGGUGGCUCAGGGCUGCCACGCCGCCCUGGCCGCCGCCCAUGAACACCGCCAGCACCCGGAUACCCGCGCCUACCUGGAGAUGGGCGGCGCCAUGCGCACCGUCGUGCUGGAGGCUCCGGACGAAGCCGCUCUGACGGCGCUGGUGGAGACCCUGAAGCAGAACAGCAUCGACCACCAUGUGUGGACCGAGCAGCCCGAGAACGUGGCCACCUGCCUGGCCCUCAGGCCCUACCCCAAGGACCAAGUGCACCAACACCUGAAGAAAUUUAAAUUGCUGAAGUGAAUGGGUGUGGGGCAGCUCCUCCAGGGCCAGAGCUGAGGAAAGCUGCCGUGUCCUUGGGAGUGCUAACGCCCAGCAGCAGGUAGUUGUCCCCUCAUGGGGUGAUAGCGGUUAUGUGACAUAAAACAGCUCUGUGGUGGGGAGAAUUAAAUGUUAUUAUUCUGUGCA